AGCGGGGCUUGACAAAACAUGGCGGACACUAUCAUUCAAUCCGACAGCGGGGCUAACCCUGGGUGAGUUUCUCCUCUGCUUUCGUCAUCGCUCGGUAUUUUUGCUGCUUGUCUGCCCUUUUGGGUAUUUCCUUCGGGUGUUUUCUUGGUGCGAAAAGCCAAUCGCACUGCCUUCUCACCCACGAGGGGAAACAUACCACUCUGGGAGCACUCAUGCGGGACGGGAUGGGUGGUGGGGCAUCGGAGCUGAUAACAUCACAGCACUGUCGAACUCAAAAAGAACACCACGAUCAUUGUCCUCGGUGCAUCCGGUGACUUGGCGAAGAAGAAGACUGUAAGAACAUGUCCGAAUGAAGUCGAGGAAUUGGGAUGAAAACUAACAAUAUAUCACAGUUUCCCGCUCUCUUUGGUUUGGUUGGUCUCUCUCUUUUCUUAUUUCUCCUCCUUUGUCACGCGGGGGUGGGCUUAUUGAGCGCUGAUUCGUCGAGCAGCACAGAAACAACUUCCUUCCACAAGACUGUAAGAUAGUCGGAUAUGCGAGAACGAAAAUGGACGGGAAGGAAUACCUUUCUCGAGUCAAGUCGUACAUCAAGACUCCCACUAAGGAGAUGGAGGAGCAGCUGGAAACCUUCUUGAAAAAGUGUUCCUACGUCUCUGGUCUGUACGACCAGGACGAAUCUUUCAUGCGGCUCCGUGAACACCUCGACGACCUCGAGGCAGGGCGUCCGGAGAAUCAUCGUAUCUUCUACAUGGCAUUGCCCCCGAGUGUUUUCACAACCGUCUCUCAGCACUUGAAGAAGAACUGCUAUCCGGAUAGGGGAAUUGCGAGACUUAUUGUAAGGCCUGGAUAAGCCCGAACAGACUUGGUGAUUGGAAAUGGACUCAUGAUUUCGAUAGGUUGAGAAACCGUUUGGUAAAGAUUUGCAGAGCUCCAGGGACCUCCAGAAGUCUCUCGAGCCUGACUGGAAGGAGGAGGAGAUUUUCCGCAUCGACCAUUACCUUGGGAAGGAGAUGGUUAAAAAUUUGCUCAUUUUGAGAUUUGGUAACGAGUUCUUUGGCGCUACGUGGAAUAGAAACCAUAUCGACAACAUUCAGGUACGUUGCGCCGAAAAGGUCUGUGGUCUUGGAUAACGGGAUUAAUAUCUAUUCUUUGACUAGAUCACUUUCAAGGAGCCCUUUGGAACAGAAGGGCGUGGAGGUUACUUCGAUGAUUUUGGCAUUAUUCGCGAUGUGAUGCAGAACCGUUUGUCCCCUAUCGAUACGAGUGCCCUAUCACUACCUGACCCUUAUCAGAUCUUCUCCAGGUGUUGACUAUUAUUGGGAUGGAACGCCCGAUUUCGUUUUCCGCUGAAGAUAUCCGUGAUGAAAAGGUAAGGAGGAAGAACGCCUUUCGCCUUUGAGAUAUAGCUACUAACCGAUUUUACAGGUCCGAGUCCUUCGAGGAAUUCCGGCUAUUGAGCCCAAGAAUGUCAUCAUUGGCCAAUACGGAAAAUCUCUUGACGGUAGCAAGCCGGGAUAUCUGGAUGAUGACACUGUUCCUAAGGACAGCAGAUGUCCAACUUUCUGUGCCCUGGCUGUCUAUAUCAAGAACGAGAGAUGGGACGGCGUUCCAUUUAUCCUAAAGGCUGGGAAAGGUGACCAUCAAAAUCCUCUGUAGCGUGUAGUUUGCGAAUUCCCGCUGAUGUAUCCUUUCUAAAUAGCUUUGAACGAGCAGAAGACUGAAAUAAGAAUCCAGUUCAAGGACGUCACUAGCGGUAUCUUCAAGGACAUUCCUCGCAAUGAGCUUGUCAUUCGUGUCCAGCCCAACGAGAGUGUCUACAUUAAAAUGAAUUCGAAGCUGCCUGGGCUGAGUAUGCAGACUGCGGUCACCGAGCUUGAUCUCACCUAUAGACGCCGUUUCAGUGAUCUCAAAAUCCCAGAGGCGUAUGAGGCGCUUAUUCUCGACGCUCUGAAGGGCGACCACUCCAACUUUGUCCGCGAUGAUGAAUUGGACGCGAGUUGGAGAAUUUUCACUCCUCUGUUGCAUUACCUCGACGAGAACAAAGAGAUUAUUCCAAUGGAAUACCCAUACGGUAGGCCUUGAUGCGCUCCAAAAUUUAACGCAUGAUCUAACUUGUGUGAUAGGCUCGCGUGGACCGGCGGUUUUAGAUGAUUUCACAGCAUCUUACGGAUAUAAGUUUAAUGAUCUUGGAGGGUACCAGUGGCCUGUACAGAGCAGUGCUCCUCAUAAGCUCUAGCCAGGGGCCUUUCCUUUCCCGAUGCGAUGGCUUCUAAAACCUUCCGCAAAACUUCCAGGAACCUUGCCACAUCUUGACCGUGAAUUUCGUGGCAUGAGUGUUAUUUCUUUUUUGGAUCACAGCGACUUGGCCGAACCACCAAUUUUCAAUGUUAGAAAUUACCACAUUUGUUUCUUUUUCCUUUAUUUCCUUUUUUCUCUUUUUUUGCUUUCUUUUUUUUCCGGUUUUUCAUUUGUGCCUUUCCUACUACGGCUUUAUGUUGGAGGGUCUUUUUUUCACUCUUCCAUUUGAACGGCAAUUGUACUUUGAACGUCGCAAUUGCAUCCGGAUUAACCUGACAGGCCGGUUUGGAAGUUAGAUUAGGGGCUAUUAGUGCUCGAGCAGUUGAAGAGCGUGAUACCAACACUGAAGCGCUCAGUAAAGCCCGCCCCAUGACAGAGAGAUGCCUAGCCCUAAGAGUGUUUAGAUGUGCUCGAGCGCAGUGCUGUACUGUACGAGUACUGGUACGGUGCUCUGGCACGGUACUGUAUGAUCGUACUUGAUAUUCUAAGUUGCUGUGAAGCACCAUUCACAGAGUAUCAUUAGUAAGGUAUUGGCUACCAUUGACAUUUCUUGGCAGACUACCGGCAGGGGAUGACGCCGCCACCGCUAAUACAGUUCUUGAGGUAUGUAUGGUAGCACAUGGUUGAGCUCAGGGGGGAAUUUAUCAUGUUUGGCUGCACAGCUACGGUGCUCGUCCCGUGGGUAGGAUAGAGUUCCGGACAUCCUUUGCUACUUCAUCCCUGACCACAAUCUAUCAACAGAGUUCCACCUACUGGCGCGUCCUUCGAGAUAGUGACAAUAAACAAAUUUCUCCACCUCUCCCUCUCUCCUUUAGCAUACGCUCUCCCCCCCUCUCUCUUUUUUUUCUUUUCUUUUCUUUUCUUCUUUCCUUUCGAAGGAUUGGGGAGUGUCCUCAAACGGACGCAUCCCCGAUAUAAGCCCAUCGAUACCACUAUCCACCGCCCUCGUGGGAGCUCUAAAGCCUAGCACCGAGGUCAUCGCGGCGGUCACAGCCCCUCCACGCGAAUAGCAAUUCUCCGAUUUUAGGUUUAUGGCGGCGACAUGGGCGGGUACCCCAAAGAUUAGAGGCCCAUCGGACCCGGUUCGCAUGGUGUUGUUGACUGUGUGGUUCGUUUGCCUACUAUAACGUGAACCCCUUUUGCGAUCACCGGGGUGCAUGGACUUCCGGAAACCCACAAAAUGCGUUGCGAGCUGUGCUGACGCAUCACCCACCCUUCCUAGUCUUUCAGGAGUUCAGGUAGCGUUCCCCGGUUUGACAUUCGGCGAAAAUGGAACCGUCUCUCUCCUGUAAUUGAGGUUUAGGUGCUAACCGUGCUGGAACAUGUAGCUUGUGUGGGGAAUCGAAAUGGCCUGUAUGCACCCGGCGACUGCUCCUACACUUUUGGAAGUUUGCUGAAUUCCACGUCUUGUUCCAGACUGCUCGCCUUAUCUGCUAUCGCUUGGUCUCACCAAAUCGCUGAUGAGCCUGGUAUGGAACAUUGGCCCUUUGUCAGGCCUGAUAACCCAGCCGGUUGUUGGCGUUAUUGCGGACAGGUCUCGCUCACGUUUUGGUAUGGUCUGGGACCUUUGCGGAACUGGCUAAAUGCUGAUUGGGCAAAACAGGCAGGAGACGCCCGGUCAUGAUGGUUGGAGCUGCCGCUGUUGCAAUGGCGUUAAUUUCACUAGGUUGGACAAAGGAGAUUGUCGGGCUAUUCUUCUCGCCCGGGGAAACGGUUCGUCUCCGGUUACGCCGAAUUUGUCGGUUGCUGGUGCGUGGAGAGGAACUAAUAGACAGCAGGCAAAUACGUGCACGAUUCUCCUUGCGAUUCUAUUGAUAUAUUUAGUGGAUUUUGCUAUUAAUGCUGGUAGGCUAUCUUCCGUUGCUAACAUGAGACACCGGUGGUAAUCGCUAUUUAUAGUCCAGGCUUGUUGCAGAGCUCUCAUCGUCGAUACCCUGCCUUUUCCUCGACAACAGCACGGAAGUGCUUGGGGUACGCCCUUGAGCCAAUUCUGGUAUCGCCAAAGCUGACAAUAUAAUAGCUAGUAGGAUGAUUGCUGUGGGAAAUAUUGCAGGUUACUUUGCGUACGCAGAAACCUGCAAAAUUAGUUGCCUUCGAGAAGCUAAGAUUUUUAGGGGCACAAUUGACCUCAUGUCAAUCUUUGGUACUACUAUCGGCGAUACACAGUUCAAGCAGCUGAUGGUGCUUGCAUCUAUUUCACUCAUGUUCUGCAUUCUCAUAACUUGCCUCUCCGUAGAAGAGCGAGUGCUCCUAACUCCAAGGUAUACUAAUCAUGGAAACUUAAUUUUGUGGCGCUGACUAUGAACCCACAGGAAAUCUGAUGAGGGUUCGGGUGCGUUUCACGUUUUGGCCCUCAUCUGGAAGACAAUGUGGCAUCUCCCGACUGGGAUAUGGGAUAUGUGUGUGGUUCUUUUCUGGGCCUGGAUAGGUAAGCCAGCCCUACUAUGCACAGUGCGCAGAACGAUGGGGCUUGAAUGCGCAUAAGCUGAUAUCCCCGAAGGCUGGUUUCCAUUCAUGGUUUAUAGCACGACAUUCGUGGCCGAGGUUCUUAAACGCUACGACACAGUCGCCCGGGAAAACCUUGAGACCUCUGACGACCUUCUUGGCGACAUUGCCAGAGUGGGGAGUAUGGCAUUGGUUCUAUUCUCCUGUGUGUCUCUGGCCGCCUCAGUUCUAUUACCGUGGGUGGUAGACUCGCCAGAGUCAAGAGAGCAUGUCAAAAGGCAUCCCGUGCCAGCGAGCUCUUUGGAACGGUUCUCCAAAAGGAUUGCGCCUUAUAAGCCCAACCUAGCCAACACAUGGAUAUUUAGUCAUAUUGCCUACGCAUUUCUCAUGCUCACAACGAUAUUUGUUGGGACAGUGAGCUCUGCAACAUUCUGUGUCGCCCUUAGUGGAGUGUGGGUCAUCCAGUGUUCUAUCCCCUAUCCUGGCAAACUUUUUCUGAUAAAUCUCUAGGUCUUGGGCACUGAUGACCUGGGUAAUUGGGACAAAAGUGUCUGACUCUAGUUUUCGUACUGACAUCUCCCAAUAGGCACCUUUCAGCAUUGUAGGUGAAGAAAUCAACAAGCUCAGUGAGCCUUCCGGGACGGCGCACCUCUCUGGCGGUGGCGUCUACGACCCUGUUGCACAAAAUGAGUUUAAUCAUGAUGUCCAAGAAAUGGAAAUGAUCGGACCUUCGAUCUCCGCUAGCCCCACUCCAACGGUUACCGAUCCAGAGGCCCAGUCACAUGAGUCAAGUGACCUUGCGGGUGUAUAGUGAGUUACCUCUUCUGCAUAGUACCAUUGCCAGCCUACCAAGCACUAACAGAACAUAGCCUUGGAAUCAUAAAUGUGUUUUCAUGUCUUCCCCAAUUUCUGGGUUCUUUCAUAUCUUUCGUUGUAUUCUCCAUUCUUGAGCCGGGAAAAAGCCCGGAGUUCUCCGAGGGAGGAAGUGCGGAGGCGCCUACCUAUGGGGUAAACGCCAUUGCGGUCUGUAUGGGCAUUGGAGGAAUGGCCACUCUGGUGGCGGCCCACUUCACUGCAAGGUUUAGGGAUCGUUGAGUUGAGGUUUCCAAUAUUGGCAUUGGGGCGAACGUGCUGUAUAUUACUCUUAUUUCUCUGGACAAAGGUGUGGGAAGUAUGUUGCAACAAAUUAGAAUACCAUGGGCGUUUGGGAUAAGCCGCGAGCGGAACACCUCUUCAAUAAAAUUGAGUUUCAAAGGC